ACAGUGUGUGAUGAGUCUGAUUACCCACAAUGCCCUUCAGCGGUGACGACCUUGUGUGCCCCAAGUUUCAGCCAAACAUCUUCAAUUCGUCCCGCUGUCACGACUGCCUGCGUCUCAAACACGCACACACACCUGCACACACCCCUCACACACCAGCACACACACCUACACACACACCUCAAACACCUGCACACACAACUCACACACCUGCAGAAACACAUGAGAGAGAGGUGAACCCCACUGUGGAGAGCAGCGGCAACAUCUCGUCCCAGAAACCCACUGACGAGGAGAGAGACACAAGCAACAAGGAGGAGUCUGAUGAGGGGUCGGUGGUGAGCAGCUGUGGAGAUGUGAGUGCAGAAUCUCUCUGCAUACUUAGCCCCGGCUGUGACCUUUACCUGUGCGACAGAGACCACCACCACAGCUCUGACAGUCAAUCUGAGGACGACUCCAGUGGUUCCGUGACUCCAGACGAAGAUUUUCGCCCCUUUCGCUGCCACAAGAUGACGCGUUUAGAUUCUUCGUCCCAUCGUGCAAACCCCCGGGCAUGGAUGGAGGAGGCACGGAGCCGCGACAGCUUUGGACGCCAUUCUUUACACUCUCAUGUGGGUUCAAAGGCAGACCGGGACAGAGAGAGUGGAUAUUUCUCUCUGGGCCGAGCAGCAGGUACUCGAGCCUCAAGCCCUCCACCACCCCAUCGACAUUCUGAACGUGGCCACCCUCUGCCCAGCAACCGCACUCCAGAACCCAAAGCCACUAUCCCAUUCCGUAACCCUGACUUGGGCGUCCCUUCCUACAGGAGAACCACUGAGGUUCAAAACCAAGACCUGGAAGUUAUCGAAAGCUACCCUCCAGAUCCUGUGGACCUGAGUAUCGAGGUGGAGGCUCAAGUGGGCCCCAGGUCACCGAGUCCCACACCCUUCAAACAAGCUGAAUCGCUGGCCACAUCCAGCAGGAGAGGGUUACGGACAUCCCACUCGUCCUCCUACCAACAGUCUGGAAACAUUUAUUCCUCCAGGCAAAGCUCUAGUAUCUCUCGCUCCUCCUCUCCUGCCCGAAAUGCCUCCCCCUUCAAACCGACUGAGUCAGUCUCCUCUUUUUCUUCUCGAGGGUUUGGGGCAUCUGGAGGGUUUGGGACAAGUGGGGGAUUUGGGUCUCAAAAGCAUGAACAGAGAUCUAGAAGCCCCACUCAGAGUUCCUAUAGCCGCCAAUCUGAGUCUGCAGGCCUGCAGAAGAACUUCAGGUCCUUUGCCAGCUCUGUGGGUACUGCCAGUAGCAUUGCUAAAUCUGUAUCCAACUCCUAUGCUGAUCUAAGAUCUGGGUUACGCAAGCCAGAGGUGACUAACAGUGGAUACAGUGGUAACUCUCAGAAUAUCUCAUCAAGGUGGAAGAAUAGUGACUCUCCAGGUCAGUCACUUAUUCACAAGAGUGAAACAAACAACUCUUUAAAGAACCAUGGUCGUGAAAGUCGUAGCUCCUCCCCACCAAGAAGAGGCUAUGAUGCUAGUCAGUCAAGUCUGCACAAGGUGGUUGAGGGUCGGCGCAGUGCCUCUCCUGUCAGGAAGGGCUAUGGUGCACCAAGCAAAUCAGAAUCAAGUCAAAUGCUAAGUAGGAGGGAUUAUAACAGUACUAGCUCCUCCCUCUCAAGGAGGAACUUUGAGUCAACCAACCAGAUGCGCAAAUCUGAGAUCAACAGCUCCACUCGCAGCCACAGUCGUGACAGUCGACACUCUUCCCCCUCAAGAAGGAGCUAUGAUGCCCCACCCCAGUCAGUGCUCCGCAAAUCCGAAGCAACUCGAAAUUCGUAUAGCAGUAGGCUUGACAACCGCAGCCCUUCCCCUUCAAGACGGGGAUUUGAAACACCUAAUCAACCUCUUCUUCGCAAAUCUGAGACAAGUAAUUGUAGAAGAAGCCAAGACCCUAGAAGUUCCUCUCCUUUGAAAUCGAGGCAUGAGCCCACAGGACAGUCUCCCCUGCACAAGACUAGAGCUGAUUCAUCCUCUUAUGUGAGAACAUCAGCUAAUAGCAGUACAGAAUCAUGGCGAGGUUCCACCUACUCCCUCCACAGCCAACCAAUGUCUCGUAGCUCAUCCCCACCCCGGAAAAGCAGUGAGAACAAGUCAGUCAGCUACUCUCAGAAACAGGCCCAUGUUGCCUGGGACAACACUCGGUCAGUAAGCAGAAGUAGCAGUCGCAAUCAACAGAGCCAAGAGGUUCACAGCCUCUCUCCUGAACCUAGGAGGUCCUCUAAUCGGAAUAGAAGCCCCUCUCCUCAGAUGCAUAGGCACACUUCCUCCCAGAGUUCAAUGGACUCAUUUGAGUCAGGGCAACGAUCAGCUGGCUCGUCCGGUCUGGACCGUGAGGAGUAUGCGAUCAUGGCUGACCUUCCAAAGGUCAAAACUGUCUUCCAGAAGGAGGGGCCAGGCCGGUUGGAGAAACUAGAUAGCAGAACCAGAGAUGAACCAUUGCUGUACAAACCUGCCAGCCACUCCCACAGUAAAGUUGUCCACAAAGCCUGGGAUGAGUCAGGGGACCAGAAAGGAGCUCCAACCUCUGCACACCACACACAGGGCAGCCGGCCGUCUGUAUAUUUCUCCUCCAGUGUGGACCAGGCCGAGGAUGAGACCCCUGACCAGCCUGAUCUGCUGAACUUUAAGAAAGGAUGGAUGUCAAAACAGGACAGAAGUGGAGAGUGGAAAAAGCACUGGUUUGUGCUGACGGAUGCUGGACUGAAGUAUUAUAGAGAUUCUGGAGCAGAGGAGAAAGAUGAGCUGGAUGGGGAGAUUGAUCUGAAGUCGUGUCUCAAGGUGUCCGAGUUUGACGUGGAGAGGAACUAUGGGUUCCAGAUCCAGACGAAGGAUGGUGUGUAUACACUGUCUGCCAUGACGGCAGGUAUCAGGAGGAACUGGAUUGAAGUUCUGAAGAAGAGUAUCCGACCCAGCAGCUCGCCCGACCUCACACAGCUGCCCGAGAGCAGCAGUGAUAAAGAAAACUCUCGUCACUCGUCAUCCCGACGCCUCCUCUCACAAUCAGAAACCCCCUCCAACACAAACCCCGCCCACCGCAGAUUCGAUUAUGUCGAGCUCUCUCACGUAGCCACACCCUCUCCUGCCCCAGCCAAUCAGAGAGAAGCUGGGGAAGGGCAGGUUCGUGACCACGGCCAAUGGCAAGAAGAGAGGUCCCAAGACGCCACACACAUCCAGUGGGAGGCGGUGCUGCAGCGUAAGGGGCCGGGCACGGCUUCGGAGCAAAAGCGAAUCGAAGAGGAGAUUGAGAGAAAAUGGGCGGAGUUUGAACGCUUGCCACUUAAAGAGAUGAGGUCACUUCCUGCCCUGGGAACGCGGUCCGGGCCGUUGGCCAAUGAGGCGCUGCAGAGGGAGGUGGCGUCUCUGAGGCAGCAGCUGGCGCGUGUGCAGGGUGACGGGGGUGUGUGUGGAGUGUGUGUGUGUGGGGGGGUGUGCGGUGGGGUGUGCAGUGUGAGUGUGGAGCAGAUGGAGCGUGCCCACCGGCAGGCACUGGAGGAGCUGCAGAGGAAACACGAGCGGCAGUCAUGCGAGCUGAAAAGGGAGAAAGAGAGGCUGCUGCAGGAGGAGAUACAGGCCACGACACGCGCUAUGGAGUCUUUAAAGAAGGCACACAAGGAGGAACUGGAGCGGGAGGUGCAGAAAGCCAAAAGCCUGGCAACACACACAGCGGGCACAAACACACUUAGAGACCAGCAACAGAUAGAGGUGCAGUCUCUGGGCCGGGAGCUGGGGGUUCUGUCGGAGCAGUAUUCUCAGAAGUGUGUGGAGCUGAACCGGGCUGAGCUGCUCGGCCGAGAAAGGGAGAGAGACGUCAGCCAGAAGGAGAGAGAGAUAGAGCAGCUGAAGAAAGAGAACCAGGACCUGCACACUCGGUUAACUGAGAAGAUUCGGCGCAUGCGCUCGUUUGUUACAGGUCAGGGGUCAGAGGAGGUUGCCAAUGACAAAAAGGAGCAUUCAGUUUGUGAAUUACAGGUGCUGCUGAGGGUGAAGCAGAAUGAGGUGGAGUAUUUACAAAAGGAGAUCAUGUGCUUACGGAACGAAGUGCAGUUUCUCAACACGGUACGGGAGGAGAAGCAGAGUGUGUGUGAGCGGUAUCAGGGUGUGUGUGAGGAGCUGCGGGGGAUGAAAGAGCGCAGUGAGAGGGAGAUACACGCUCUAAAAGAGCACCUGAGACUGGCCAUGGCAGCCCUACAGGAGGGUCAGCAGCUCAGCAACAGCCUGCAGCACUGACCCCUACUGAACACUCGCAGGUACUGCAGCAACUGCAAGGGGGGCCGGGGGUAGGAGCCAGGAGCAGCAUGUGCCUUUCAUUUCAAUCCAGUCAGCCAAUCAGCAGCGGGGACCUGCUUCAGCGGAGCUGUUCUGAUACACUGGGUCGCUUAAAUCUGUCUCUGCACUUUUAUCAAUGUGAUUUUGUUUUUAUUUUUAUAAUAGUGUGUUUUACACAGAGAGAGUCUGAAUCAGAACUGGAUUAUGGGAAAGCAGGACUAAAUUUUUUUUCUAUCUGGAAUUUUAUUAGAACUGGCAAACAUGGAAAUCUGCAGCCACAGUGGAAGAGUGGAACUUGCAGAUGUGUUUUAACCUGUUAGCUCUCAUCCACUAAAUGGUGUGCGUGUCUGCGUCUGCAUGUCUGUGUCUGCGUGUUGACAUGUCUGUGUCUGUUAUGGCGCUCACUGAGUGUGUUUACAUGCACUCAUAAGUCUCUUCACCAUAUUACUGCAUUUAGAUUAUUAAUGAAGUAAGCAUACUCUGUUUUUUAGAUCACAGUAAGGUGUAAAAAUCUGAUUUUAAAUAAAAUCAGAACAUGGUAGCAGAAAUACGCAACCCGUGUUUAACACAGCACUCUCCAGAUGGCAUCCAAAUGCUUUCAAAAAGAUGCUGAAAAUGAGGGAUUUAAACAUUCUUCACCUUCUAGCUAAUAUAUAUUGUGGGAGUCUAUUUGCUGCAAAAAUCAGAUUAUUGUCUGACUGAAUCUUCUCAUUAUUUGUUUCCCCAAAUUCAUGCAAAGGUGUAGUUUAGAUUACUGACAGACGGUUUAUAAAGUGCAUGUAAACACAUUCAGUGCUGACUCAUAUACUGUGUUUAACCCUUUAAACUGUAAGGCCGUGUUUCCUGGACUGGAAGUGAGUCUAAUUCCAUACUGCACUUUGCUUUCAGUGGACGUUAUCUGUUUACAGUGCUGUGUAGUUCAGGACAAGGCUUAAUCUCUGUCUGAGGUACUGGUCCUGUGGGUGGGGAGGGGUCCUCCCUUCACUUCCUAACUUUUAAGAUGUCAGAACUACAGAACCGCAAGUGUUUUUCAUAGUGUUUACUCAGUAAUUCAUAGUGAAUAUUGAUUCAGAGUGGAUACCCAGUCCUUCAUAAUGGAUACUUUUUCAGGGUGGAUGCUCGGUAAUUCAUAAUCGAUACUGAUUCAUAGUGGAUACCCAAUCAUUCUUAAUUGAUGCUGAUGGAUAGAGGAUACUCUAGUUCAUUGUAGAUGCUAAAAAUGUCAAACUGGUGUUUAAACAAGUCAUAGUAGUUGCAUACCGCAACUGCAAAGGGUUAAACCUGUGUGUGUUGGUGUGUGUGUGUCUAAGUCAUAUUGGGGACAGAUUGUGGGUGAUAAGAGGGUCAGUAAGGACUGGAUCAAGAUCCCUGAAGAUCGCUGCAGCCCACCGGAUACCAGCUAACCUCUCUGACCUGCAGCCGAGCACAGCGUCCGUCUGUCUGUCUGUUCGAGUGCCACACAAACAAACAGCCUUGCUUCAAUGAGCCAAUGUUUUUAUCCUAAACUGAACACUGUGUCUUUUUCAAAUGUUUUUUUUUUUCAUAUUUAAAGUACUUAUUAUUUUGCAAUCAAUAAAAUACAGGUUGCAUCAUUUUUGUAGCCUGAUUUGGCUAA